AUGUCUCCUCAACAAUAUAAUAAUAAUAAGGACAAAAUACGUCCUCAUCAAAUUCCAGCAAAAAUAGACAUUUCACCUAUGGUACUAGAAAUUGUACCAAGUAGUGUAAUAACACUAAGAGUUAGGUCAUUAAGACCUUUUUUAAUAUACACUUUUAGAGGGAAUUAUUGGGCAUUAAAACCCCAUUUACCUCUCUUUGCCCACCCUCCCAAUAAACUUGUCCAAGGGUCGAGCUCACCCAAGGGCCAAACUCAUCGACAAUAUCCCACUCAAUGGUCGAGUAGAGUGGUCGAGGAAGUGAAUAAGAGGAAGACUUACGGACUUGCGGACUAUUCACGGUCGGCGCCCCUCUCGUCCUUAGCAGGGUCCAUCAUUAGCAGCUGA